GUUGGUUGUCGUUCUGGCAUCGUUGAGACCGUUGAAUAUCUGAGAAAAGUUGCUUUCCUUAACAAGUAGAACACCGGUGGCUGGUUACAUAAGGCCGUCAUCGCUUAUACUGAGCCAAUUGAGAGGGGUCCACUGGUCGAGGCUCAAGGGCAAGGCCAAGUAUUUGAAGUAUAAGGACAAGCUGGAGAAGAAGAUGGAUUCCAGGUCAAAGAGACAGAGACUCAAGGAUCUCGUGAAGACCACAAGAGACGUGUACAUCCCUUCGUUGUCGAAUACGAUCACACAAUUGGCCUCGGAGGCAACUACAAGGGCAUUGGGCACACAGCAGGAGGGUGGCUCCACAGCAAACCAGCCGAACUCGAACAUUAAGGGAGCACACGUUGUGAUAUAUCCCCAUUUUACGAGACGCUCUGGCGAUGGUGUCUACUAUACACAGGCACACGGGUGGGUGUAUUCCACAGAGGGCUCUGUGAGGAAGAAGAAGAUCAUUUUGGCUCUGGCAAAACAGCUGACAAAGUCCAACAAUCAGGCUGUUUCCGAUAUGGCUGCUACGCAGCUGGACGAACAAUUGAGUAGCUUUAAUGAUCCUUCAGAUUCCGCUUCGACCAUUUCUACGAGCUCUGAGCUAACUCACAACUCAGCAGGCUCCAUAAGAAGAGCUGAUACCUCGUCAAGUCAAGGUUCGACUUCUUCAAACGGAUCCGAUGUCGACGACGUGGUCAAAGAGAGGGUUGCGGCGUUUGUGAACAAGUCUGUGGGCAAUGCAGAGCUGAUCAUCGCCGUAAGUGGCUCUGAAGAGGGUCAAUUGACCAUUGUGGAGCUGCUCACCGAUACUAACGGUAACUUCAACACUGAUGUCGUCACUCCGUAUAAGCCCACCGCAAUUCAUGUUUCACUGGCACUGGAUGAAAGCAUCAUGAAUGUUAGGGAUACCAUAUUCGCAGGUGACUCGCCGUACUGUGUCAUCAGUGACAUUGACGACACAAUCAAACGCACCGGUGUGUGUGGUGAUAAGAGAGCAGUGUUUAGAAACAUCUUUGCAGAAAACAUCGAGAGCUGGGAAAUCCCAGGAGCAGCUGAUUGUUAUAGAUACUUACAGCAGAGGCUGGACGUUUCCUUCUUCUAUGUAUCAAACUCACCUUAUCAGUUGUUUGGCAAUCUCAGUCGAUUCUUUGAAAUGUUUGAGUUCCCAUUAGGCUCGAUGUAUCUGAAGAAGUACACCGGGAACUACUUGAAUUCACUUAUGGAACAAUCGCAUGCAAGAAAGAAAGCUCCAUUGGAGAGAAUCUUACACCAUUAUAAAGAUAGGAAGUUCUUUCUUAUCGGAGAUACUUCAGAACAGGACUUGGAAGCGUAUGUUGACAUUGCAAGGGAGCACCCUGACAACAUUAGUGCCAUAUACCUACGUGUAGCUGAAGGAUCGAUGACCACGGCUACUUUCAAGACUCUAAACGAUAUUAUCAACAAGAGGAGUACACCAUUGAAUGAAACACCUGGUGAUAUGAAGGAAAAACUAGAUCAAUUGAGGACAAGCGAACAAAAUCUGAUUGAUUUGGAUGAUGAUGAGGCUCCAAAGAUCACCAAACAAGAGAUGGAACAUCUUGUUCAAAUAUCAGAGGAGAUAGCUGAGGAGAAAGAAGAGUUAGAAGAAGGCACGACUGAUGACUUCUUUGCGAAUCAAACCCCAAGGCCACACUCUGAAGCUCAUCAUAAGAAACCACCUCAAGUUCCAAAGAAGCCAAAUUAUUUGAAAUCAACCCAUGUUAGUGAUCAAUUGGACCAAUCUGAGGCUUCUUCAUCUCCAAAGCCUAUAUCAUCAGCUCCUCCACUUCCAAGACGUCCAAUACCAACGCCUCCUCCUAAGGCUAAAGUUGGCAGUACACCGACUCCAAGCUUUAGUUCGAACGGUACACUAUUUGAAACUGAGGAGAGUGUGGAAUGGAUUGAACGCAUACUGACUUCCCUUAUUGUUAUAAACAAGGCUAACCCCAAUAUUCGGUUGAAAUUGUUUAACGAAUUUGCCGAUAUUCAGGAUGAAAUGUCUACGAUAGUGAAGAAUAAGCUAUGAUAUCAUGUUAUUAGUGUACAGGAAAAUGAGCAUUGAUGAAGAAUUGUUUAAGUGUGUAUGGUUACUAUUUAUUCCUCUUGGUGUAAGAAUCA